AUGAAUGUCUAAAAAAACUGACAAUCUAUUGUUACAAUUUUUAUAUGGAUUACAUAUUAAUCGUAUUAAAUUCUCGGUAGUUCUAGUGUUAAUAACUAGAAAGAAUAUCACGUAUUCCAUUAAAAUCUACAGAAAUCAGAUAUGAAGAAAUGGACCGCAUUGGCUUCUGAUCGACUCAUAUGUAGGUACUUGAAGAUCGUUUGAAUUCCUAGGCUGAGGAAUCCGGCUGAUCGAUCAGUUUUCAUUGUUUCCUUCCGUUUUCUUAAUCUCUAAUAUUUUCAUGCGCCUUCCAUUCGUCGAUAUGGUUACAAGUAACCGAUCGAAACUACGAAGCUGCAAACUAGGACACCUCUGGUUGCGCUAGAAAUCAAGAGACCUCUCGACAGUACCUAUGCCCGUUUCGUUCGGAUCUCUUUUUCGUCGCGUUUCCUGCGCAGCAGCCGGUUCAAUGUAUGUUGUGGCGCGGCACGUGCCAGAAAUAGAAGUCCGUAUCCCUCGCGUGGAAUCCAACGCGGGGGGUGGUGUCGCGGAGUUUGAACUUUCAGAAUGAACUGGUAAGUCACCCUCAGUUUGCUGGAAAACCGUCGGCCGGUCGGUUCGCGGCUCCCCGUCAAUCGAGGAAUAAGCGGCGGCUCGCCGUCGAAGCGAUAAUCCGUGGCUCGAACGCGAUAGAAAUCACCGGGUCGAUUCAUUGUCUGCCGCGCAGCGAUACGAAUUAAUCGCCGUUUAACCAAUUAGGGCCGCCGAAUCAAUGAUCCGGGUGUAGACGAGACGAGGUUCAACGAACUUAUCAAUUGCGCGGACCCCCGACGGAUACUUUCGCGGAAUCGCGACACGAGCCCGGCGACGUGGACGAGAUUCGCCGUCGGGGCGAAAAAAAUCGCGUCGGGACAGCCGGAUUCUCGCGGCGCGGCCGUGAAACCGAUCGCCGAGCGGAGGAACAUGGGCCGAAACGGAGCUGGGCCGAUAAUCAGGAUGUCGUCGAACGGCACUCACGCCGCCGGAGGUGUCGAAUGUUGCUGUUGCAGAUGUUGCACCUGCAUACACGUGGAAUUCCUGAAGACCAUGCCGGGCAUUAUCAAGCUAUGCGAAACGAUAAUCAGCGGCCUGAUACAGAGCCUGCUAAUUAACUACGGCCUGAGGUACAGCACGACGAUCGGCUCGGCUUUCGAAGGAUCCCUGACCACAUCUUCCGCUUGCUUCUUGACGUCGUCGGUGUUGCUGGCCUGCUACAUCGUGUCCGAAAAAUCGUACAAACUGAUCAAAUCGUCUCUGUUCGAGAUGAUGUUCAACGCUCUAGCGUCGUUUCUAUAUCUGAGCUCGGCUUCGUAUUUGGCGUUCUCCACGAAGAUGUUCCUCCUCCCGGAAUAUUACAUAAGGCCAGGAUUCGACGUGUAUCCUGCGAUGACGGCAGCUUACAUGAUGAGCGGCUUUGUCGGGGUAUUACACGGAGCGGACGCCUAUUUCUCUUACGCGCACUACAAGACCGGACGUUAUUGAAUCUCUUCACUCCCCGACGACGAUUUGUAAUCGGAUCGGAUAAUCAGGGAAAUGGGUCGAGUGCUUAUUACCCGUUCAACCGAUACGGCGAUCUUUUCUACAUAGGACAUCCACUAUUUUCGUAUUCCUGUACAGAAUUUGUAAAAAAGAAAAGAAAAAUAAAAUGUUGA